AUGACCUACGGACCUAGAUAUACCUUACAUAAAUUCCAGGGAAACGAAAGAGAAGUUUUCACUGGCGAUUUUAAAGAUGACUACGUGAGCUAUGCUUCAGGCCUUGAGCGCCGUGCCAUGGAGCCCGAUGAAAGCGCGGACUCUGUCUGUCAAAGGCCGUUGGUCAUUCACCUAGACGACACCCUCUCUGCACCUCCUCCCGAGCCUACUGUCCGCUGUCGAACCAACAUCAGAAGAAUGUGUCCAGAUGAUUACAACAAGGAUGGAUUGGUAUGUCUCUUUAUCUUUGUCAUCUUGAUCUUACAAUCCUUUACUCGCGUCCGGUCGGUAUAUUCAUUCUCCAUGACUUUGAAGGAUUACGAAUCGGGCAAACGUCGACAAGCGAUCCGAGCGGCCCAAGAGGCUUCUCAACCCCAAUCCAGUCGCAAAGAGCUCUUGGUCAUCAAAUGUGGAUCAGAUGAACCUUUACCAGUAGCUGGACCCUCAUCCCCAUCUGAAACCUUGAUCGAGGCCAAAUUAGACUCCAUUGUGAAAGUUCUACGUUCUCACUCACUCAACUCGAUCUCUGAGAAGCUCAAGACAGCCCUUGAAAAAACAAAAGGAAAGAUGCGAUCGCGAGCUCAAAGCUCUGUCGAUCAAGAACUUUCAAAUUCAAACCCCGAACGUACAAUCAAGCGACAGGGAAGAUGCUUAGAUGCUGAAGCCAUUCAAGGCGCAUUGAAGGAACACUUUGGACUUGAACUCAAUCCUGCUACUAACUCAGAAGAUGCCUAUGCUACACCUAGUCGACAAUCUCACGACUCUGAUGCUCCUGUCUAUAGUCAAUCCUCUGGUGGUUCUGCCUAUAGUCAAUCCUCUGGUUGA